AUGUCCAUCAGCUUUUCACAACGAUCUCCACUUCCACGAAUCAAACAUUUGCUGCUUGGUGAUACCAUCGGUCAGGGCUCCUUUGCAUUUGUCAAAAAGGCAUGUUUGGAUACAGAUCCUAACACGGUAGUGGCGGUGAAGUUCGUGCACUUGCCAACGUGCGCCAAGCACGGUCUGACAGAAAAGAAUGUUACAGAGGAGGUGAUACUACAGUCUAAAUGCAACGGGCAUUUGAAUGUUCUAAAAGUUAUAGAUUGCAAUUUGACUCAAGAUUUCUUGUGGAUUGUUAUGGAAAUGGCCAGUGGAGGGGACCUUUUUGACAAAAUUGAGCCUGAUAUCGGGGUGGACGUCGAGGUUGCACGCUUUUAUUUUAAGCAACUGAUUAAUGUCUUAAGCUACUUACACGACGAGUGCGGUAUAGCCCAUCGAGACGUGAAACCAGAAAAUAUUCUACUUGACCAAAAUGGGAACUUGAAGCUUGCAGAUUUCGGUCUUGCUUCACAAUAUAAAAGAAAAGACGGCUCCAAAAGAGUUUGUUCCGAUACACGCGGCAGUUUGCCCUACAUGGCUCCUGAAAUAGUGUAUUCGCGAGGAUACUACGCCGAUUUGACCGAUAUCUGGUCAUGCGGUAUUCUGAUUUUUGUGUUACUUACCGGCGAAACUCCUUGGGACCUGCCGAGCGAUGAAGAUAUUCAUUUCAGCGAGUUCUGGGCUAAUAGUGGUAAAUUGGCUGAUGGACCAUGGAAAAAAGUAGAUCUGGCGCAGCUUAACCUCUUGCGCAAGAUCUUACAGCCGGACCCUGCUCAGAGAUCAACUUUGAAACAGCUAAAGUUGCACAGCUGGUACACUGCGCCCAUAACAUUUGCAGAUGAACUAGGUAUUUGUAAAGAUCCUCAGGCACUGUCCCAUAAAUUGAUGAGCAGGCUUCAUAUUUCGCUAAGUGACGAGGCCUAUUCACAGAAUGACGGUGUCCCUAACUAUGGAGACCACGUUAAGCACAUGUCAACGCAACCCCUUCAAUCACAUCCGGAUGAGUUAGAGGAAGAUUUUCUCGAUAGUAAUCACUGUGCUGCAAGCCAGUAUGAGCUGACACACGAAACUUACGAAAAUUAUGCUUAUUCUCAAGAUAUCAAAUGGAGUCAGCAUAUCCAGAGGGAUAUGGCCACGCAGCAAUUUUGUAGCACAAGCAAAAAUGAUACGUCCUUUGUCAAUACUUCGAGAUUGACAAAGUUUUACUCUACACAGGACAUGGACGACAUAUUAAAUACUCUGGAAAGUGCAUUACAACGUUUGUGCAUUCCUGUAAGAUCAAAUCUAUACGAAUCUUUUGUGAGUCUGAGUCAUAAUCAUGCUUUGGAUGAAGUGUCCCCACUUACAAUUCAAGUUAACACAUUGGAUAGGAAAGGUUGGAAUUUGUUGGGAAAUAUUUCACUGUUUAAGUGCGACGAGGGCCUCACGCUUUUAUGCUUUAACAGAAGAAAGGGCGAUCCGAUAGAAUGGAGAAGGCUUUUCAAAAGGAUGAGCCUUCUAUGUCGUGACCUUGUAUAUAUACCUUAG